GCGAUAAAUUGUGAUUUGUGUUCUUGGGAUUUAAAUGGGAGCACAAAGUAUGACCCACCCAACAACAAAAAUUACAAAAUCAAGAAGAUAGUGUGAAAUAAAUAAAUUGUGAAAAGUUAACAUUGUAAAAAGUUAAUAUUUCAUUCGUUGUUAUUUAUUUGAGCAGCUUGCAAACAAAGAAAAUGGCCGGGCUCAACUUGGUAUGUCCCAUCUGCACGGAUGAAUUUCAAAUGCAGGAUGAUGUGUAUAGCACCAACUGCGGUCACCUCUACCAUUUCAGCUGCAUGCAGCAAUGGAGAAGCCGGUCAACCAUUUGCCCUCAGUGUCGGCAUCAGAAUCCUUCCACACAUAAAAUAUUCCUACUUGGCAAUUCGACACCCACUCCAUCUCCCCCUAAAGAACAUUUAGAGGACUUGAAGAUGAAAUUGGAAUCCAGUAUCGAUAAAAUAAAUGAAUUGCAAUCCCAACUUGAUCUGACUGAGGUAAAUUUCCUUCAUAUGCAAGAGCAGUUUACCAGAGAACGAGAAAUUAAACAAAGAAUUGAACGAAAACUGGCAGAAUAUAAAAACAACGACGACAACUUUUUGAGUCUACAUGCUCAGCAUUCAAAAUCAGAGGAGCGCAUAAAAGUACUGCUGGAAGAAAAUGAUCGCUUAGCGGUAGAUGUUAGAUGCAAAUCAGAUGAGAUCGAAUCCAAAAAUGUCGAAAUUUGUAUGUUGAAUAAGCUGUUGGAUACCGCACUUCAAGGUGGCCAAGUCGAAAAUGGUAAUGGGAGUUCUCGUAUUAAAUUUCUAGAACAGCAAAAUGACCUUUUAUCGAAAGAACUCGCUCGGAAAACUAAAGAAAUGUUGGAACAGAAAGAUAAAAAUCCCGCAUCGUCAGAAAUAGUCGUAAAAUCAUUAAAGCAGAAACUACAGCUUAUCACAGAACAACUGGAAAAUGAAAUUACUACAAGCACACAGCUUGCUAUAGAUAAAAUAAAUUUACAAAGUCAAAUUCAACGUAUGCAACUACAAUCGAACAAUAACGAGCAGACCACCAAUACACCACAAAAACUGCGAACGGGUACUAAAAAGAAGGAACCCAAUACAGACAGGCUUGACAUUACUUCGACUGUUCCAGCGACUAAAUAUUGCGUUAAGGAUAACGAACCGAAUAGUGGUGUGGUGUUUCAAAAGUUUCCCUAUAGAGAAAUUCAUUAUCCUUUGGAAGAAUUAAUAGUUUCAAUUGGAUCAAAAAUGAAUAUACAUCUAAAACCAAAAGAUGUUUUAAUAGUGAGGAUUUUAGAUAAAUUUACAUCAAGAAAAUUGCCUACAACUGUUUGCAUUCAUGUAGUUUUUAGAAAAAACAGACUAAAGCAUUGUUUUAUAGCUCAACAACAGUUGUUGAAACCUUUCUUCAAAGGUAUCGCCAUAAAGGAGUACGUCGACCGAGAAAUAAAUGGGUUAUUCUUGUAUGCUAUAAGAAAACUACGUGGUGUAGCCUUUGAUAGCAUUACAAUGAGUAAUAAUGUUGUUAUUGCAAAAAAGAAAUCACAGGACGAGAAUGGUGUAGUUAUUAAUAGCAGAGAACAAAUUAAUGAACUGCUCAAAAAGGCUUUACAGUUAUCAAAUAACAACGUGCAAAAUCGAAUUUCAGAUAAAAUAGUUAUUGAUUAAUAAGAUUACAAGAUUAACGUAUAAAACUCCAUUGUUUUUCUUUUUUGUAAUCUUCUAUUGAAAAAGGAAAUUUAUCUUAAUAUUUAAAUAAAUCUAUAUCUAUAUCUAUUCUAUUCUUUAUCUAUCUAUCUAUAUCUAUCUAUAUAUAUAUAAAAAUCAAUUGUUGUUUGUUGGUAACGGAAUCAGUUGAAAACGGCUGGACCGAUUUGCAUAAUUUUUUGUACAAACGUUUGUCAUACCCCGAGUUAGGUUUUUAAAGAAAAAAAUAUUGACCACGUCUCCUUUUACGCCCACUAUUUCGAUUUAUGUAAAACUCUUAUUUUUCCCAAAUAAACAAGAUAUUUAUUUUAUUUA